GGGUCGUUCUCAGCAAAUCACCUUGCCAUUUUAAACCAGGGGUGUGUUUUGAGUGUGAGUGCAAAUAGAGAGAAGUCGUCUUGACACGAGACAGACCAUCAUCAGCAUCACUACCACCAGCACCAGCAGCACCGGCAGCAGCAGCAGCAGCAGCGGGUCAAACUUACUGUGUGGCUCAUUCACACACGCACUCGCUCGCGCAGAGAGGGCCGCGGAGGAGCACGUACACACCCGGCGUGGAAAUAACUCACUGACAGGUCCGGCUUGUAUGGAAGAGGAGGACAACGGGAAUUUAAUCAGCAGCUUCAGCAGCGGCGGACAGUUGUGCCGGGCCCCGCGUGCGGUACUUUCCCCCCCCCCGUUCGAGCUCUCUUGGCAGCGGCAACCGACGAUGAGCGACUGCUGUCUCACUGACCCGAGCAGGAGCAGGCGCUGACCAGUGAUGGACUCAGAACGCAGUCAGUCCUUUUGACCUUUUCAGUGGAUUUGACACUGAGGUCUCGUUUUUUAAUUUUUUUAUGUUAUUUUUUUUUAAUCUAUCGGCAUAUUAUAUUUGCUGUUAACGAGAGGCAGUUCCACUCUUUGGAAGGCGCUUUUCCCCUUUCCGUCCAGUAGGAUGAUCCGUUCCAGACUCAGCUACCUGUGAGUGUUACUCCUGCAAAAUCCGGUAACAUUUACCGUAUGAUGUCACGCCAUGCUAAUCACUGCAUCCUUUUCUUUUCGUAGGCUUCUACACUUAAUUGCAUUUAGCUACUUCAACCAGGUAACCAAUCAGUCCUCGCCUAAUUUCACGCAGCAUGUAAGCGAGCAGAGUAAAGUGACGGACCCGGUGAGCCGUAGGUUGAUCCGGAUCUACCAACUGUACAGCAGGACCAGCGGCAAACACGUCCAGGUGCUGCCUGACAAGAAAAUCAAUGCCAUGGCCGAAGACGGCGACGUACACGCAAAACUCAUAGUGGAAACAGACACCUUUGGGAGCAGAGUGCGGAUUAAGGGAGCUGAGACGGGUUUCUACAUCUGUAUGAAUAAGAGGGGGAAACUCAUCGGCAAGAAAAACGGCCACGGCCGGGAUUGCAUCUUCACCGAAAUCGUCCUGGAGAACAAUUACACAGCACUGCGGAACGCCCACUACGAGAACUGGUACAUGGCCUUCACGCGUCGUGGGCGUCCGCGCAAGGGCUCGCAAACCCGCAAGCACCAACGGGAGGUCCAUUUUAUGAAGAGGUUGCCAAAGGGACAGCAGCCCGCUCACCCAAGUCAGCAUGAGCCUUUCAACUUUUUCCAGUACCCCUUCAGUAAAAGGACUAAACGCACACGUCACUGAUCAGUAAAGUGCUAACAGGAGAAGCAGGGUAGACAACGUGGAGGGAUCACGCUGAAGGAAAUGUGACUAAAUUAGCAGGAGCUAACACACUCCCUGGCUCCCGCACCAAAAACUCGAGAGAGAGACGUUUCAUACUGAGCAUUGCCACGCCGUGUCGGUGUUCAACGUGAAGGAAGCUGUUUAUAGGAAAAUAUAAAGAAAUCUAUUUUUGUACAACAAACUUUUGACUUGUGUAAAAAGGAAAAAUAGGGGGUGUAGGAUAACUCACGUGACUGUUUGGAGAUAUCUUAGCAUAGUGGUGAUUUUCUGUUUAAUGUUAUUGUGUCCAUUGGUCUCAUUUUUCGGAGUCAACUUUUCGGACUCUUGCUUGCUGCUCAAAGAUACUUGAAAGGUCACUGUUGACUGCACUGCCAUGUAAUGCUGCGAGACACUAACUGUAGUGCAAGCAAAAUGUGGCAUGAUGAACAAUAUGAGUACACAGAAGAGGGUUUUUUAGCUUGAAAAAUGAGCCCAAAAAAAGUUUAAAUGAACCCAAAAAGAGGAAUGUCAUUAUCAUUGUCAUUAAUUCAGAAAACUAGGUGGGUUUGACUAGAAGUGUAUGGAAAAAUGAUACAUUUAUUAUCAUUUUUUAUAAGGUGCAGUUUUUAGCUUUUUUUUUUUUUUGGAUAUUAACUUUCCAAAUGAAAAGGUAAAGAAACCCAAUAUAGAAUAUGCGUAGAUGGUGUGCGGGUGAUCAUCGCUGCAAUUCAACCAGUAAACGAUUGCGGGUGACGCCUAACACCUUCCAAUGUUCUUGGUUCUCAUCUCAGUCCAACGCAAAAAUCAUUUCUGAAGAAACAAUAUGGCAGCUACAUUUGAGAAAAUGGUUGUUUUUUUUUUUUAAGUAAUGUGACAUUGACAUGUACAUAGUACAUCGAAGCAUAAGGGACUCCCACACCUUUGCCCGAGUUGUGUUCUUGUAGCCUUUCUGUAUAUCUGUUUAAAUACAUAUAUAAAUAUAUUUUUAUUUGGGGAUGUAAAAUUAUUUUGAAGACCAUAUAUUUAUUUAAAACAUGUAAUAAAUGUACA